UUGUAUCAGAGAGGACGUUGUUCGCGCCAGAGUUGCUCCUUCGCUCACGGAGAUGCUGAGCUCCGCCGUUUCUCCGGUUCUCACGGUGAAAGGAUUGUGCUGAUUGGUAAAUCUUAGAGCGGGUUUUGGUAUUUUUCCUGCUCAGCUAUAUCUUGGUUUGUCAUUAAGCAUCCAUGAAACAAAGCAGCAUUCAUGAAGUUUCCAUGAUAGGUUUUCUCAGAACAUGUGUUCUUACAAAUAUUGAGAUGUGAAGCAGAUUUGAUGUGCAACUGUCAACUGUCAUUUGUCAAAAGUUCUGCAGUUUGUAUAUUGCUGGAGCAUGUGGUGUUUCAUAAUUCUUUGCUUCUCCUUCAAUGACUAUGUGAAGGGAUUUCUUGAAUGGAGAAAGAAUGCAAUUUUGUUCGGACACUCUCAGAAUAGACCUAUUUGUAUUGCUUAUCAGACAAAUUAUUAUUAUGUCAUAUAUACGGCUUUGGAGAGAAAUCUGUCCUAGCAUUCUAUUUAGAAUGCAUAUAUUUCUUAAUGCUGAACAAUCAGAUGAUAUGGGACUAUGCCGACUAUCUUUUUUCCAGUCCUAUUAUUCGGCGGUUAUCUCAAUGAUGUAGGCUCCUAUACAGGUUUUCCUUUUCUAUUCACAUGUGAGGACACUGUUUUUUGUCUCCCCCUUGAAACUGGCAAGAAGGCAGUAUUAUUGUUCUUUAUAAUGUUUCUCAUAUUGUUCCAUGUGAUGGUAAAAGAAACUAUCGAGAUGGCGACUUGAGGGAUAAGCUUGACAAAAAGCUAUCUCCAGAGCCAAGUUAUUCUCCAGGAAGAGAUAUGAGAGACCGACGGAUAUUACGAGGACGUAGUGCAAUGAGGUCCUUUGAAAAAAGGAGUGACAGAAACCGAAAGAAGAAACAACACUUGGAUGGACAAAGUGAUUUUUCUGAAAGUUUGAAAAUUUCGAACAAGAUUGAAGAUCUGGUUAUAGAAGGGAGAAACAUAUCCUCUACUCCCAAAAAUAUUCUUGAGGAUCAGUUGAAAGAAGUUCACUUGGAUAUUAACACACUUAUUCAUCACAAGCACAAAUUAGAGAUCUUUGUGGAAGAGAAAAUUCAAGAAGCAGGUACUCUUACUUCGCAAAUUGAGGAGCUUCGUUCUCAAUUAGAAAAGGAGAAAGAGGAGUGUAAAAGGGUUACUUCAAGAAUCAAGAAGUUUGUCAAAGCACACAAUCGUUGCUCGCACAUAGGAGAUGAACUGAAGAGAUCUCAAUCUCGUUUGGAGAAGUUGGCAGAACAGCUUGGCUUAAAUAUUUCUGGAACCAGUGGCAAUGAAGAGAAUUCCAACAUCAACAUUGUAAGUGAUGGUGAGACUACUGGCUAUCAUAUGUCCUAUCCACAGAAUGAGAUGAGGAGUAAUUCUUCUCUGAGCAAGAAGAAGCUGUGUGCCAACCAGGACAUCACUGAAGAGCCCAUUCCUGAUGGUAAAGGGCAUGAGGCAGAAACUACCCGAUUGGGAAAGCGGUCUCGAUGGAGUGAACACCCUACUCAAUCAAAUAUAGACAAGGAAAAUGGGUCACUGAACAAUGGAAACAGCAGUCUUGUGCCCUUGGCUAGUACCGAGAAACUGAGGAGAGGAAAGAAAGUCGCAGUUAGCAUGUCUAUUGAAGAUAAGUUGAAGAGUGCACAUGCUGGUCUUUCAUUGCCUUUAACAAGCAUGGCUGCUAAUGCAGUUGAUGAUGAUGAAGUAUUGGAAAUUGACGAGGAGGAGAAGGUUGAGGUCUCAGGUUUGCCAUUUUUACUUCCCCUGCCUCCACCAAUCCUCCAAAAUAGUUACUCAGAGUAUGAGGAUAAAGAUCAGAAUGUAGAUAUUGACGAGGGACUGGAGGAAGCGAUGGUGCAUGUGGAUAUCCUUUGAUAUUUGAAUUGGUUGCUGUAGCUUUAUACUAUAUUGCUGGCUGGUAUCUUUCCUAUUAGGUUCACUUCAGAGUCGGUGGAACCAGAUAUUUUCGAGUUCCAAUGUCAAUGUGUAUAUAUAUAUAUAUAUCUCUCUCUCUGAAUUAUGUUAAAGCUGCGAUUUGCUUUUGCUUUUACUUU